UUAUUACUUUAAGGCGUAAACGUAAGGUUUUCAUUUUUUGCGAACAAUACGUAUUAAAUGUGACUAUGAAAGCGUGCCAUAUUUGACAGGCUUUUGACGCUGAAACAAUACAGUAAUAUUAGAGUAUCUUCACUUCACGAGUGCCCAGAUCGACGCAAGCCACAUUCGCUAAGCAAUCUUGGGAAGACAAAACUAUUGAGUGCAACGCCGAGAUUGGUCGCUGUCCGAGUUAAAGACUGACCUCUAUUAUAUCCCACUGGACUGGUGGCUGUCAAAGUGCUUUUGUGCCUGUUUGAUGUUCGCCAUUUUGGUCCUGUUGGCCAUGUAGCGAGAGUCUGCGGUACUAAAACUGGUGAUGACAACAUAGAUGGUGGGAUUCGAUUCGUUGAUUCUUGAAGUAUAAAAAACACUGAAAACUAACGAAAUGAAUUCAAAAUGUAAAAAUACUUCAGAGUAUUGUAUGUUCCUUCGCAGCCUUUUGUAUUAUAUGUCAAAAUUAGUUCUCUUGACGCUCGCUAGUGGCGCUUCAAAUAGGCACAAAAAAUAUGCUGUCAUUCAUAUGGAACAGUGUCCAGUGGUACCUACUUAUACAGGUCAGUGGAGUUAAAUUAGCUGCGCCACGCCGUCUUUUGUAUGUACCAACCCUAGUGUUCCGCCCAGACUAUAUAAAUUUCAAGGAUACUGCUGAGUAACGUUACUGUUCUAUUACUUGUAUUGCAACGCUGAUUUAGACUUUCUAUAUAGAUUUAUUUUAUUGGUGCAAUCGGUCAAAGUUGUAAAUUAUUGUGCUCUUUUUCUAUCUCUAGCGCGGAGUUAAGGUGUACUUGAGAGCAAUGCGUACGGCAUAUUACAAUACGGGCGAAAGAGAAAUAAAUUUGUUUCGCGGCGUCAUUGGUCCUUCGAGCGUGCACCGUCGGCUAAGGCCAUGACGCAUUUUUCGGAAACGGUUGCAUAGAUUCCUUGUCUUUAAAGUAGAGCCGCAUGGCCUCAUUAGCUGCAUACGACGUAUGACACAGGCCGCGCAGUGCUCCGAAGUCCACUCCACUCCACAAGAAAAUGAACUCAAUUGGCGGUGCGUAACUACAAUUAAAAGUUCAGGAAUGCGGUAGUGAUGUAACCUAAUUAUAAUUGAUGACUAUAAUCAUGAGUGUGUCGAUAAAUGUAAACAUUGCUUUAAGUUUACCAUUUUGCACUAGAUUAAAAUUAUAUUUUUUCAUCAUUUUAACCUAAUAAUUAAUUAACAAUUUCUUUUUUGUUCAACACACAUGUCUAGAACAAUUUUCGCCAUUUCUCGUGCUUGGCGAUGAAUAACAACUCGUUUCUUUUGGAACGAAACCUGACGGACUUGGAUCAGUCAUUAUUGAAAUAAAAAAUAACACCUAAUCGCACCGACUGCAUUCAACUCGCGCGAUAUCUGUUAGAUAUCAGCUAUAUGCCACUCUCUAUGCAAGUUUUAUGUCUAGGUAUGCUAUGCGUUCUUAUUAUGAAUGUGAUAAUAGGCAUGAUGACAAAUUUUGAGAAACUGUUCUAUAAUAUUUGGAAAUAUAUAUGAAUUAUAAUAAACAUAAUAUUUCUGCGGAAAAUUUAGGUUUAGUACUUAAAAAAUAAUUUUUGAUUCAUAAAUUUAAAAUUUGCACCAAAACGCGUCAAAGUGUCAUGGCGUCGCUUGCUUACGUCACUUUAGAGUACAAGGAACAUUCGGUAUAUGUAAACAUUAUCUAAUUCAUAUUUAAUUUGGACAUUUUACUAGUUUUUACAUUAAAAACAUGACUUGGAAAGCAUAUCGGUGGUGUUCCGUCCCUCUGUGUACUAAUACGUCCAUAAAAACUCCUGAGAAGUUAUUUAUUUUCGUUCCUUUCGAUAAGAAAUUAAGAAAGAAGUGGCUUGAACUUGCAAGACGUGAUUUGGAAGGAAUAUUACCCACUACACAGCUUUAUUUUUGUGAAGAUCACUUUGACUUACCAAAUUAUAUGGCAAACUACAUGGAGUAUCAUGUGAUGGGGUCAGUGUCGCAGAUUCGCAUGAAACCUGGGUGCGUUCCCUCAAAAUUUGAAUGCCAACCUGACAGAAGAAAACGAACUUCCGACUUAAACGAAAGGAAAUAUAGUGCGAAAAAGCAAAGAAGAGAAGUCGUUGCAGAAGCUGAGCAAGAAUUACAAAAUAAAACAACUACAACUUGUUCUGUUGCAACAGAACAGCUAGAACUUGAAGACCCAACCCCCGGAACAUCAGCCAUGCAGGAAAGUACUACAAAAGAUGCACCUAAGAUGGUAAAUAAAUCCAUUCAAGUGUAUAUAACAAAUAAGUUCAGAAGUAAAGCUGUUCAAACAGAAAUAAAAUCAGUAGAUCAGAUGACUUCACCAUCGAAACCCUUUUGUCAUUCUGCUUUUACUUCACCAUUUAAAAUCACAAGUACCAAGCCAUCCAUAUCCACCAUACAAAAAUGUUCCAAGAAAAUAGGAUUUCAGGCAGAUUCUGACAGUGAUAUUUCAUACACACCAUCUGUGGCACAUAGUGAAUCACCAUCAGUGACAUCUUUAAAAAUUAAAUCGUCUUCAGACUGCAGUGAAUUAAUUGAAGACGAUAAGAAACAAGAGGCAUCAAGAAUCUUGGCAUAUACAUUGCAGAAAAUAAAAAAGAACCCACGGUCUUACAUUGGAGUUCCUAACAGUUGUUACUACCUUAUAGAUUUAAUUGAAAAAAAGUUAAAUAUUCCCACACACCAUAUAACAAUGUGCUUGAAAAAAAUUAAAUUAAAUAGUAGUUUCAGAGAGCUUUCUGAUGAUUUUUCUAUUGAUCCGACAUAUGCCAGCAAGAUAUUUCUGAAAAAUAUACCACUAAUAGCUAGUUUGAUGCGACCUUUUCUUGUUGUCUUAGAUAAAGAUUCCAUAAGAAAAAAUUUGCCUAUGGCCUUUAGGCAUAAAUAUUACAAUGUAACUUGUAUUAUAGACUGCUUAGAAAUUGAGAUAGAAAAGCCUUCAAAAGCAGGCUCUCUCCUGGUCAGAAUACAAAAAAGCUAAUACGAUAAAGUAUCUUGUGUCUUGUACUCCUAAUGGACUAAUCAAUUACAUUUCUCCAGGAUAUGGAGGAAGAAUUACUGACACAUU